GUAUGCUGCUUUGGGGCCGCUUUUAACAACUUGCCUAUCGCACGUCGUAUCCAACAGUGCCAAAGAGCACCGGAGCCGGCGUGGAGCAGCGUAGGCAGCAGCCGAUUACAGACCAAAGUCUUGGGCAUUCCUCGCAACGUUUUGCAAACACACCGAGAGCAUCAUGUACCGCCUGUGCCGUGUCGUGCCACCCAUGCGCGGAGCCCUGGGCCAGAGCCUGCGCCGCCACUAUGCCAAGGACAUCCGCUUCGGCCCUGAUGUGCGCGCUCUCAUGCUCCAGGGGGUGGACGUGCUGGCCGAUGCAGUCGCUGUCACCAUGGGACCCAAGGGACGCAACGUGAUCCUGGAGCAGUCGUGGGGUAGCCCCAAGAUCACCAAAGAUGGUGUGACGGUGGCCAAAGCCAUUGAGCUCAAGGACCGCUUCCAGAACGUCGGGGCCAAGCUGGUGCAGGACGUGGCCAAUAACACCAAUGAGGAGGCCGGCGAUGGCACCACUACGGCCACAGUGCUGGCAAGGGCGAUUGCGCGCGAGGGCUUCGAGCGCAUCUCCAAAGGGGCCAACCCCAUUGAGAUUCGCAAGGGCGUCAUGCUAGCUGUCGAGAAGGUUGUCGAGGAGCUCAAGAAGCUCUCCAAGCCGGUGACCACGCCUGAGGAGAUCGCUCAGGUUGCCACCAUUUCGGCCAACGGGGACCGAUCCAUUGGCGACCUCAUCUCGGAUGCCAUGAAGCGCGUUGGUCGGGACGGUGUCAUCACUGUCAAGGACGGCAAGACGCUGAUUGACGAGCUGGAGGUGAUUGAGGGGAUGAAGUUUGACCGUGGCUACAUCUCUCCCUACUUCAUCAACACGAGCAAGGGGGCCAAAGUUGAGUUCCAGGAUGCGCUGCUGCUGCUGAGCGAGAAGAAGAUCUCGAACGUGCAGGCCAUCAUUCCCGCCCUGGAACUCGCCAAUUCCCAGCGCCGGCCUUUGGUCAUCGUGGCCGAGGAUGUGGACGGCGAGGCACUCAGCACCCUCGUGCUCAACAGGCUGAAGGUGGGCCUCCAGGUUGCAGCAGUGAAAGCUCCAGGUUUUGGGGACAACCGUAAGGCAACGCUACAGGACAUGGCUGUGGCAACGGGUGGCAUUGUGUUUGGCGACGAGGCCAACCUGAUCAAGCUGGAGGACGUGCAGGCAUCUGACCUCGGCCAGGUCGGGGAGGUGAUCAUCACCAAGGACGACACGCUGCUACUCAAGGGCAAGGGCAAGAAGGAUAUCGACCGCCGGGUGGGACAGAUUCGCGACGAGAUCGAGCUCAGCAACUCGGAGUACGAGAAGGAGAAGCUGGGCGAGCGCCUUGCUCGCCUGGCUAGCGGUGUGGCGGUGCUGCGUGUUGGCGGCUCUAGUGAGGUGGAGGUGAAUGAGAAAAAGGACCGAGUGAACGAUGCGCUGAAUGCGACACGGGCUGCUGUGGAGGAAGGCAUCGUGCCAGGUGGUGGCACUGCCUUGCUGCGCUGCCUGCCCGCACUGGAGAGCAUCAAGACAGACAACGAGGACCAGCGCACGGGUGUAGGCAUUGUGCGCAAGUCGCUCAAGCAGCCCUGCAUGCAGAUCGCCCAGAAUGCUGGCGUCGAUGCGGCUGUUGUUGUCCAGAAGGUGGUAGAGGGUAAAGACGACUUCGGGUACGACGCCAUGCGCAACGAGUACGUCCAGAUGAUUGAGGCCGGCAUCAUUGACCCGACCAAGGUUGUGCGGACAGCGUUGCUGGAUGCAUCUGGUGUGGCUUCUCUUCUGACCACAGCCGAGGCUGUCGUUGUGGAGCUUCCGAAGGAUGACAAGGCUGACCCCAUGGGUGGCAUGGGAGGUGGCAUGGGUGGAAUGGGAGGCAUGGGUGGCAUGGGCAUGUAAAGAGAAAGUGACGACCAACACCCUGCCCGGCUGCUAGAGGAAGCGCAGCACCACAAUCAGCUCGUGAGAUGCCUGCAGUGACAGCGGGAUCUGGUCGACACAUCCGGUGGAGCAUCUCGGUUGAGACUGGUCCGAGUGCAGUAGUCGUGUAUCAUAGGGACUCGCUGCAGAGUAUUAACGAGAGCUGGAGGUUUGGCCUAGGCUUCAGUUAAAGUCUGCCCAAAUGAUUUUUUUUUUCUAGCCUGAAUAUAUUAAACGUAUCGCGUAGUGAAUGAGCAGUGAUGAGUGCAAGAUUCAAGAGCUUGCAAGCAGCUCGGCAUUGCAUGUACCCUUGAGCUCUGCUGUCGGAUGUGUGCAGCAUGUCAAGAGACUGAUUCUGGUGUUUCACAGUGCCUCCUCGGAUGACUGCUGUAACAGUGCAUCGACAUCGAGAGGACACCCCGUGUAGAGACUGGAAAACUGGGUGGCACAUGUUUGGGGCCAGCCUUUUCUUUCCAUUGUGCAUAGUAUAUCUGUUUGCAUCUUCUUGGCUCCUCUGUGGUGCCAGGAGAUGCUAUCCAUUGUUUCGCUCCGUCAUUGUUCAUAGAGAAAAAUGUAAUAAAUAUGCGUCUCCUUUUUCAUGUUCAUA